CAGUGCUGGAAUGUCCAAGGUGUCAGUACAGAAGUGGUUAAUGGACGAUCUGUGUGCUGAGCUCUUUGUUGGAUUGUCUUUGCUGCUGAUGUAGACAGUGAUGGUGUUAAGAAGAUUUCAUCCUGUGUGGAAGCUGAUUGUCUGGGGAUCUGGGUUGGUUGGUCUUCAGUGGCACAGAAAAACAAUGUUCUCCAUAGCAUAAAUAUUCUGCCUGCAUGUGUACUGACAACCCCCAAUCUUGGCUGUCUGAUAUACGGGAGUAUUCUGCGGACCAGUGACUUGCAAUGAGCACAGCAUUGCAAAUUUAUUGCAUAUGGAACCAGACAGCGAACUGACAAAACUGCCCACUGGCAUACAGUGCCAACAUAGUCUGAGUAGUAACAUAUUGCAAGAGAAAUGGAAGAGUGGAUGCUGUGGGGAGCGCUAAGUCUUCUACGGGUGAUAUGGUGCCUUGCUCCACAGAAGGGAUACCUGCAUCCUGAUGAAUUCUUUCAGUCUCCUGAAGUGAUGGCAGGUGACAUUUUGGAUCUAGAUACCAACCGGCCUUGGGAAUUUUUGCCUGCAUUUCCCUGUAGGACAGUGCUCAUUCCUCUUCUAACAUCUGGUACUGCCUUCUGGAUUGUUAGAAUACUACAUCAGUUGGGGUUUCAGACAGCUUUCAAUUAUAGCUAUCUUCUUCUAGUGCUUCCACGUCUCUUCAUAACAGUCCUCUCCUUUCUUCUGGACUAUGCUGUCUAUCGGGUAGCACCAGUCUAUGCUUCAAAUCCAUGGAAGGCUUUGCUUCUCCUAUCUGCUUCCCAUGUAACUUUAGUAUUCUACACAAGAACGAUCAGCAAUGCUAUAGAAGGUAUAUUAUUUGCUCUAUUACUGCUCCUUACAUGCCCUUCCAGCUGUAACAUUACAUCAAGAUGUAAGAGACCCAAGGCUUACCACUUAAUCGGUAUGGUCUUGGCAGCUGGAUUUUUUAACAGACCAACGUUUCUCUGUUUUGCUUUUAUGCCAGUACUUUACUGGGCUUCUCAAAAUGACCUGUCACGAUUCUCAUACACAUCUUUUAUCAAUUUAAUCAAGCUAUUACCUAGCACAAUUGUUACCUCCACCAUUUUCAUAGUGUCUGAUACAAUGUACUAUACUGGACAUUACCCUUUUUUGAUCAACAACAUGGACAUUUAUGCCCAUUACCAGAGACAGAAUAUUAUCCUAACUCCUUUUAAGUUUCUUCAUUACAAUCUCAACCCAAACAACCUUGCACAGCAUGGAAUUCAUCAUCCCAUAACCCACUUGGCAGUCAAUAGUCCUAUGCUUUUUGGUCUCCUCCAUUUAUCUGCAGUGUUCUCUGGCUUAAACUUAUUAAAGAAACGGAUAUGGCCCAAAUAUAGCCCUCAUAACACUGAAUGUGAAAGACCAUCUUCACAAGAAGCCAGGUUAUUGCUGUUUUAUUUUGUUCCACUGACAGCUCUGUCAUUAUUUAACCACCAAGAACCUCGCUUUCUUAUUCCCCUGGUGUUACCUCUGGUGUUAUUAGUUUCCAGUUAUAGCAGAACAACAAAAAUAAAAUGUGUUAUUGUUAUGUUUAAUGUCCUAGGAGCCCUUUUCUUUGGCUGCCUUCAUCAGGCUGGAUUAAUUCCUGGCAUAUUCCACAUACAGCAUAUCUUGCAGUCCACAUCCAGCUCUGGAAACAUGUCACAUCACCAUACAAUACUAUUUACGCAUACAUACAUGCCUCCCCAUUACUUGUUAAACUUAAAGAAAGGUCAGACAUCAGUGGACAUUAUUGAUCUUGCUGGUUUCAAUGAAGACCAACUGUGCCAAAAGCUACAAGACAUCCAAGGAGAUCUGACUCAGAGAAAUGAACAAUUACAAGGAUCAAUCAGCCAUCAUUUUAUAGUUGUGCUCCCUGGCACUGUUAUUCCAGUGAUAGAUAACUGUGGAUUGGACUAUAGAUCUGACACCUGGUUUAUACCACAUGUGUCUAUGGAAGAUCCACCCAUGAUUUCUCACUUGCUUAAAGGCAAUUUUAUGCGUUAUCUAGCUCUGCAUGUAAUUGAAUUGGAGAUGCCUACAACACGCUGAUGAAAGAAGAGAUGAAUGCUAUGUAUGAUUUGUUAAAA